AGAGAGAAGGAGAGAGAGAGGGAGAGUUGCACAGGACGAGUGAGACAACAGAGCCAGAAGAGUGAAAGAGAGAGAGAGACGACUUCUCCCUGUCGAACGUUCCUGAGGUACAUUUUACCAUGAAGCUUGUGUGCCUGUUGUUGCUGGUGAGUGUGGUCACGGCUGCUCCUGGUGUGAAGUCUCCUGGGGUGGAGAGUCCCACGCUACCCUCCCAGGACCUGACACCCCCCCCCACAGAAGCCAAAUCCCGCUUCGCCAUGCUGGACGACGUCCGACUGCUGGCCAACGGGCUUCUCCAGCUGGGUCAGAGCCUCAGGGAGUUUGUGCAUAAGACCAAGGCUCAGAUCAACGACAUCUUCCAGAAGCUCAACAUCUUCGACCGGUCCUUCUAUCAGCUUUCUGUGGUCACCUCGGAGAUCAAGGAGGAGGAAGAGGAGCUGAAGAAGACCACGUCCUUCCUCAAAGCCAACAACGAGGAGAUCAAGAACCUGUCGCUGGAAAUCAACCAGAAGAUGAACAGCAUCCUGCAGGACAGGAGCCAGCUGCAGAACAAGGUGGGAGGCCUGGAGGAGAAGCUGAAGGGACUGUCGCAGAGCAUGAUUCCCGCGGAGCAGCUCAACGAGGUUGCCUCGCUCAAGGAGGUGAUAGAGGCUCAGGAGAGGACGAUCUCGGACCUGCUGAGGGCAGUCGGAGAGCAACACGACCAGCUCAACCACCAGAAGAGCAAGAUCAAGACUCUGGAGGAAAAAUUUAGCGACACAGAUUUCCAAGAGACGGUAGAGAAAACGUCUGACCAAGACAUGCUGUCCUCGUUCGAUUAUCUGACGGGGAACUCAACUGGCCUAGACACGAGUGAGCUGCCCGUGGACUGUAGCGAGCUGUUUGACCGAGGGCAGAGGAACAGCGGGGUGUAUCCCGUCAAACCAAACCAGUCGGAACCGUUCAACGUGUACUGUGAAAUGAACUCAGAUGGAGGAUCGACUGUCGUCCAGCACAGAGACGGAGGGGUGGUGGACUUUGAUCAGACAUGGGAGAGAUAUGAGAACGGCUUUGGCAGUUUGGAAAGAGAUUUCUGGCUAGGCCUCCGGAAGAUCCAGGCCCUUGCCAGUCAGGGGGCGUCCAUAUUGCGUGUGGAGCUGGAGGACUGGAAGGAAGAGAGGCGCACUAUGGAGUACCAGAUCACCCUGGAAGGCCCUUCUGCUCACUACACCCUCCACCUCACUCACUUGUCUGGAGACCUGCCCGACGCCAUGGCAACCCAAACCGGCAUGAAAUUCUCUACAAAGGACAGGGUCAACCACAACGAGCCGGCCUCCAGCUGCGAUCGCGACCACUCCGGCGGAUGGUGGUCCAGCCCCUGCGACCGUACCAACCUGAACGGCAGGUACCUGUGGGGGAGGUCUAAAGGCGGCUCCCUGGGCAGGAAAGGGAUCUUAUGGAGGCCCGGGACUGGAACCUCCUAUUCUCUCAAGUCGACCAAGAUGUCGUUACGCCCAGCGACCUUGGCCGCAAGCUUUCACUGACCCCCUCAGAAAACGUUGUUGACAUGGUAACAUCAGAUUAACCAUUUACAGACUGACAGGAUGUGUUGCCUUAGUGUUUGAUCCCUGUGAGAGAUGGUGCUGAUUGGUCAAAGUGAUGCAAAACCAGCUGGUCAGUGACCUCCAGAGAAACCAUUCCAGUCGUGCAAACAGUAUUGAGUAAAGUCUGGGAGGACGACCCAGUAAGACUAGAUAUGGUCAGCAAUCUGACUCAACACUUGUUUGCACAAUAUCUCAGCACUGCACUUACAUGAAGAGAAAGACUAUAACACAGACAUAUAUUAAUAUAUAUAUAAAUAUAACUUAUAUAACCACUGAUAUUGUCAAUUACAUUUGAUGAAUGUGAGACUGCAUGAUAUUAAAUCCCUAGCACUGCAGUGGAAGCAUGAUCUUAAUCUGAUCUAUGUUGUUCUUCCUCUCCUGAUCCUUUAUGUCACUAAAUGAUCUUAAUCUGAUCUAUGUUGUUCUUCCUCUCCUGAUCCUUUAUGUCACUAAAUGAUCUUAAUCUGAUCUAUGUUGUUCUUCCUCUCCUGAUCCUUUAUGUCACUAAAUGAUCUUAAUCUGAUCUAUGUUGUUCUUCCUCUCCUGAUCCUUUAUGUCACUAAAUGAUCUUAAUCUGAUCUAUGUUGUUCUUCCUCUCCUGAUCCUUUAUGUCACUAAAUGAUCUUAAUCUGAUCUAUGUUGUUCUUCCUCUCCUGAUCCUUUAUGUCACUAAAUGAUCUUAAUCUGAUCUAUGUUGUUCUUCCUCUCCUGAUCCUUUAUGUCACUAAAUGAUCUUAAUCUGAUCUAUGUUGUUCUUCCUCUCCUGAUCCUUUAUGUCACUAAAUGAUCUUAAUCUGAUCUAUGUUGUUCUUCCUCUCCUGAUCCUUUAUGUCACUAAAUGAUCUUAAUCUGAUCUAUGUUGUUCUUCCUCUCCUGAUCCUUUAUGUCACUAAAUGAUCUUAAUCUGAUCUAUGUUGUUCUUCCUCUCCUGAUCCUUUAUGUCACUAAAUGAUCUUAAUCUGAUCUAUGUUGUUCUUCCUCUCCUGAUCCUUUAUGUCACUAAAUGAUCUUAAUCUGAUCUAUGUUGUUCUUCCUCUCCUGAUCCUUUAUGUCACUAAAUGCACAACUACUUUGUAGAAUUACACAAACUACACAUUUAGAUACUUCCGUGUUACAGAUCUUGGUUUAUUCAAUGUUUUCGUUUUUUACUUUAUGUAUUUAAACCAUUUUCAUAUUGUUCUAUGGUCCGGUAUGAGAGAUGGUGGCAAGUCUCAUUUUCAUGUUGUUUUCUUUCAUUAAUGGGUCAUAUUGACUCUUGUCUAUAUGUACUGUUUUGUGUUUCUCACAAAUACUUAACCCUUAAAAGGGAAUUCUGGUCAUUCAUAUUUAUAAAGUCAAAUUAUAACAUCAAUGUAAUAAAAGUA